GAACUUUACAACAACAUCGAAAAUUUUUUAUACCGGUGUACGUCAUAUAUAAAGCACUGUAGAGGUGACAAGCUAGAUCGAAAAGAUUCCAGACGAACUCUCGAAGAAAUAAACGCAGUGCACGUGAAUGGACAAAAUGACGAUUUUGUUAUCAUGGAAAUUUAUUAUUAUGCUGGUUGCAGGUUUGCUUACAGCCCCAAAGGCAUGGUACUCUGGAUCUGAUCACAAUUGGCCACUGAGUGAAAUAAGAUACAACCAAGUGUAUGAUUACAGGCAAUUUAACCACGGAUGGUGGAACGGGUAUAUCAAAGGUAAUGCAGAGAUUACGUGGUCUCCACCUCAAAUCGGCCUAAAUGUCUAUGGUCAAGAUACAUGGAUUGACUUUGGUGUUAGAUACAACUCUUGCUAUGUGGACGUAAAAUACUGCAACCAAACUGGUUUUAGCGUUCCAUUUUGGAUAGCUUUCCAAGAGGCUUCAACUACACAGGGGUUAAUUGAGUUUGGAAAUGGUGAUUGCGGGCUCAGCAUCACCCGAACAACUGAAAAUGAGAUUAAUGCAACAAUUAAAAGCAUGGAAUUGAAUAGUACCUGGAGUUUGCAAAGUGUAAAUGCAAGUGUUCGUCAUGGAAUAUGGCAUCAUCUGGCGCUAACCUGGAACGCUUCUGGUGAAGUCUAUCUCUUUAUCAAUGGCACAAGAUUGAACAAUGUUAUCCAGCGCACAACUCCCAACGUCUCCUGUUCUGACACAAAUUGCAAGUGUGAUUGGUCAAUGAAAGUCGGCACCGUGACUUUCUGCAACUCAUCU